CUCUCAUUUCUCUUCAACUUUGAAACGCUUUUCCAUUGCGUUGGGGUUUGUCUUGAGGAAUCGUGAUUUCGUUGAUGAUUUUUGUGAAUUGCAGUUAGUUGUACAAGAUUUUGCGAGCUGUUUUCUUGUUCUUGAUUGCUCAGAUCCGCAGAAAAGAUGAGCUUCAUGUCCUCGUGGACAAUUCAGGAUGGCAACUGUGUUUCCGAGUAUGACUCACCGAGGCUUGACAGAGAGUGUGACUCAAAGAUACGCUAGUUCAAUAACGUGAGCAGAAAUGAGAAAUGGUAGGAAUCCCUGGAGAAAAAUAUGUGGGCCCUCUCACCCAUCUCAGCCCAAGAAUUUUCACCUUCCAAACCCAGUAACGUAUCCAUGACGGUUUUGGAAUUUGAAAACUCGGGGACCUGCAGUACCCCUGAGCGUGAAGGCACCUUAUCUUGUGAAGGAUCAUUUGCUCAGACUCCUGGUGUAAGCCCUUCUCUUGCUGCCCUGCCUACUUCUGGAUCAUUAACACCCUUUCAGCAAUUUCAGCGCAAGGAUCCUGAUUUACAGAUGACGCUUGUGAAGCAGUACCUUGCCGUGAUCAAUACAACAACCAGGGAGGAGCUCCUGCAACUCAAGUUACAAGAUCUCAAUAGUAUUGUAGUCAGUGACAAACAGGCAUUCUCAUUAAUAGGGGCGUUGUAGAGUAGGUUAUUUUCCUUGAAUAUUGAGAGCAUCCUGUCAAGAGAUUGUGAAUUUGCAACCUAAAAAGCAAAGCAAACCUUAGCUCAGUGAGUGCGCGGAGGAAUCCGAGAGGACUUGUGUCAUUACUAAAAAGUGGGGUCCUUUUUGACACAGUUUACGACACCGAAAUGUUGUAAAAUGAUGAUAAAAAAUUGCAUUUUUUGACAUUUGAAUAUU